GUAUCUUAAAGCCUCAACCUGAGAGUGUCCCAAAAUCUCAACCUCAGAGUGUCCCAAAACCCCAACAUGAGAGCAUCCCCAAACCUCAACCUAAGAGUGUCCCAAAACCUCAACCUGAGAUUGUCCCCAAACCCCAACCUCAGAGCACCCCAAAACCUCAACCUGAGAAUGUCCCAAAACUUAAAUCUGAGGGUGUCCCUAAACCCCAACCUGAGAGCACCCCAAAAUCUCAACCUGAGAGUGUCCCAAAACCCCAACAUGAGAGCAUCCCCAAACCCCAACCUCAGAGCACCCCAAAACCUCAACCUGAGAAUGUCCCAAAACUUAAAUCUGAGGGUGUCCCUAAACCCCAACCUGAGAGCACCCCAAACCCUCAACCUGAGAGUGUCUCCAAACCUCAAUCCAAGAGCAUCUCAAAGCCCCAAAUUGAGUGCAUCCCGGAGACCUCCCAUGAGUCCCCAGCUCCAGCAUCAGAGAGUCCCCCAGAUGCAUCUGAGGAGGAUCCUGAGCUGGUGGUGGACAUGGAGAUCUUUGUGGACACGCUGCGCAACAUGGAGCCCUCAGAGAUACGAAAGGCACCCAAGGUUCCACGCCAGCCCCGGCCCUCAGUGCUGGGUCGCUGCACAGCACUGCCACCCAUCCACGAGGACUGCGUGGCCCCACGCACCCACAUCUCACUGCCUGUUGCCCUGCAGGAGCUGCUGGCAUGGGGAAGGGGGGGACAACGAGCUGAGACCCCCCCAGAGGGCACUGAGAGCCAUGAUGAGGAGGAGGAGAUCGAGAACCCCUACCUGAGCCCUGGGGAGAAGGCACUGAGGAAAGCUCAGAAUGGCAAUGGGGAGCUGGGUUCACUCCUGGGGGGGCCAAUGCAGGGCAGGGCCACGGGUGAGCACAGUAUUUUGUUCCGAGGAAAUGUCCUCAAAGGCAUGGCACUGCUCUCUGACUUCCUGGAGCACCGUGCAGCUGCAGCAGAUGAGGCCAAGCCCUACUCACGCCUGGAUAACAGCAUGCUUUACAGCCGCUUCGUGUCCUCUGCCAGCACCCACAAUGGGGUCUCCAAUGGUAUGGGUGCUAGUGACCACCCCAGCACUGAGCUGGAAGCACUGAGUCAUGACCACAGUCCUCCUGUUCCUGAAGAGCCAGAGAGUGCCGGAACCCCAUACCCCACCGACAUCCCGCAGGAUGACAAGGAGGGCUCUGUGAAGAUAAACACCAGACCCGGAAAGAUCAUCCUCUUCUCUGAGGCCGGCUUCGCAGGGCACAGACGGGAGAUUUGGGGUGAUGUCCCCGAUGCUACAUCUUGGGAGCUGUCACACAAAAUCUCCAUCAGGGUCAUCCGUGGCGGGUGGGUGAUGUAUGAGAAACCACGGUUCCAUGGGCGCAAAUGUGUGCUGGCAGAGGGGGAUGUGGAGAUUGAUAACCCCUGGAUAGUGUAUGGACAGAGCGAUGAGCCACGUGGCAGUCGGCCCUUCCGUAUCGGCUCCUUCAAGAGGGUGGUGAAGGUGAGCAGCUGGAAAAUGGGGUGCAGAGCCCUCCCAAAUUCAGCAACCCUUCAUUCUGUGCUCUCCCCACACCAGGAUUACCGCACGCCUGAGAUCAGCCUGUUUGCUGAGGAAAAUGGAGAAGGUGCCAGGCUGCAGUUCAGUGACUCGGCUGAGGAUACCCGUGUGCAGGGGCAGUCACUCACUGCUUCCUCCAUCAUUGUGCACUCGGGACUGUGGCUGGUUUACUCCAAGCCCUUCUUUGAUGAUGACCCCUAUGUCCUGGAGCCAGGCGGGUACCCCAACCUGAAGGCCUGGGGAGCAAAGGAUCCAUCCAUCUGCUCCAUGCAUCCCAUCAGGCUGGGUUGCCCGGUGGUGGAGCGUCCUGGCGAGCCGCAGGUGCUGAUCUAUGAGGACACGGCCUUCCAGGGACACAGCUUCAUCAUCAGCCGGGAUGUCUACAACCUGAAGCGCCUGCCUGAACUGCCGCUGCCCACUGUGGGCUCAAUGCGUGUCCUGGGUGGCUGCUGGGUUGGCUAUGAGAAGGAGGGCUUCCGUGGCCACCAGUACUUGUUGGAGGAAGGAGAGUACCAGGACUGGCGGCAGUGGGGUGGCUACGGCAAGGAGCUGAUGUCCUUACGGCUCAUACGGACGGAUUUCUCUGACCCGGCGCUGGUGCUCUUCGAGGCCAUGGACUUUGAGGAGGGUCCCAGCGUGGAGCUGAGUGAGGCACUGCCCGACACGCAGCUGGCCGGCUAUGGCACCAUCACACAGUCCAUCCAUGUGCUGAGUGGUGUGUGGGUGGCCUACGAGGGCCCCAACUUUUCGGGUGAGCAAUACAUCUUGGAGAAGGGAGUGUAUCGCAACUUUGAGGACUGGGGGGCCACCAACUGCCGCAUUGCCUCAGCACAGCCCAUCCUGCAGGUUAGGGAACACAACCUGCACUUCGUCUCCAAGAUUCUGCUCUUCUCGGAGCCUGACUUCCUGGGGGAACACCUUGCCUUUGAGGACGAGCAGAGUGCCCUGCCCGACAACUUUGUGCCCCGCUCCUGCAGGGUUCGUGGGGGCAGCUGGAUCCUGUUUGACAGCCAGGCCUUCACUGGGGAGCAGCAUGUGCUGUCCGAGGGUGAGUACCCCACGUUGGGUGCCAUGGGCUGCCUCUCCUCCACCAUCAUCUGCUCCUUGAAGAAGGUCCCAGUGUUCUUCUCGGAGCCCUCCAUCUUCCUGCAUGGCCUGGAGUGUUUCGAGGGGAAGGAGAUCGAGCUGAACAAUGAAGUGCGGAGUCUCCAGGCAGAGGGUUUCAACAACCACGUGCUGUCAGUGCGUGUCAAAGGUGGCAUCUGGGUGCUGUGUGAGCAUGGUGACUUCCGAGGCCGCCAGUGGCUGCUGGAGUGCACUGAAAUCACCAACUGGCUGACCUACAGUGGGCUGCAGCACGUGGGGUCCCUUUACCCCAUCCGCCAGAGGCGGAUCUAUUUCCGCAUCAGGAGCAAGGAGCUGCAGCUCUACCUGUCUGUCCCUGAUGACGUGGAGGACAUGAAAGCAGGGCGCGUGGUGGUCUCCAGCCUGAGCGAGCAGAGCAGCUCCGUCUGGUACUACGAGGAUGGGCUGCUCAAAAACCAGGUUGCCCCUGCCAUGAGCCUGCAGGUCAUCGGGCCAGCUGGGAAGGGAGCAAAGGCCGUGCUGUGGUCUGAAACCCGGAUGCCACGUCAGGCCUGGAGCAUCAAUUCUCAGGGACAGAUUCACAGCCAGAUGUUUGAGGAUAUGAUUCUCGAUGUAAAAGGUAAAGCUGUGGUGCCAGCACAGGGACUGCUGUCCCAGGGACCCCAUAGAAAUGGGGUGUCAGAUGGGGCCACUCUCCUCUUUGCAGGUGGCCGAUCAUAUGACCGGGACCAUGCCAUCAUUUGGGAGGUGGCUGAAGAACGCCCCACACAGAUCUGGGAGAUACAGGUGCUAUGAGCAGGGAGCACGUGGCCCUGGUGCCAGCAAGUGUCACAGGGAAGGACAGGAACACCCUGAAGUGGUGGGAGCUGCCUCCUGCCCUGCUGCCUGGCAGCUGCUGCCGUGAAGGAUGCCACGAGCACCUCCAUUGCCCACCUCCCUCCUGGAGCACCACAGACACACGUGCUGCUGACUGCUGUGGGACGCACUGAGUGCAGCGCAGCAGAGCCUCUUCCCAACACUAUUCCCCUCUCUGAACUGUAUUUAUGUACGUGUGUAAGAUAUGGCCCCACUCGAGGGGGCCAGCCCUG